AUGAUGGACUCUGCAGUACAAGAUACGGCCUCUACAACGGCGCCCCCACCUGAAGAUAAUCACCGACCGACCUUGCAAGAAGGCGUGGAUGCCAGGAUGGACAUUGACCUACGGGUUGUGCCGACAGCGGGUUUUCUUCCAGACACUGGAGCAGCUGAAGAAAUCCACCCACAUUCAGAUACUGAAACACACGUCCGUAAACAGCGUUCCCUGCGAAAACACAAGAGACGCCGGCGUGCUCCAUCGGACGAGUGUUUACAGCGAUCGUCUGACGUGGACUGUGGACACUCGGACGACGGUACCGGCGGUACAGAGGCCGCUGUAACAUCAAACUCAACAGUUCGCCGUGGAGACGGCUUCAGCCCUCUGACCCCACAGAACAGCAGGAUCCACCAAGUGCGCGCCCCUGAGCACGUGGCGGAAGGCCGCUGCACCACUUUCACCGGCUGCCGGGCGCCCCUCUCGUCCCUAUAUAUACAGACCACCUGCGGGUUGACGGCACAGUUCAGCAGAGCUCCCAGCAGCCGCAGCAGCAGCCGUCGCACCAUCACCACCACCACCGACAAAAUGAAGUGCCUGAUCGUCCUGAGUGCUGCCGUGGCCGUGGCCCUGGCCAAGCCCGGCUACCUGGGAGCCGGCGUCGCCGCCCCCGCCGUCGCUGCCGUCCCCGGCAUCGCUGCUGCUGUCCAGCCCGCUCCGGUCUAUGUGGGCGGCAUCCACCCCGGCCUCGCCGCCUACGGUCCGGCCAACAUCGUCGUCGGGCCCGGCGGCUACAACCUGGACACCCCUGACGUGGCCGCCGCCAGGGGCGCCCACCUGAAGACAGUGUCAGCGAUAAAACGGACAUCAGCUGACCCUGAUGUCGGCACUGGACGUCCACGCCCAGUGGGGACGCGGCGGAAGGACGGCUGCGGCACUUUCACGUGCCAGAGGCCGACGCACUGCAAGCCACCAGUAUAUAAGCUGGUCUUCUGCUGCGCUGAUGUACACUGCAGCAGUGCAGACAGCAGCAGACAGCAGCAGACGCUUACCACCGACACCAUGAAGUGCUUGAUUGUCCUGAGUGCUGUGCUCGCCAUGGCCUUCGCCAAGCCCGGCUACCUGGGAGCCGGCGUCGUCGCCCCCGCCGUCGCUGCCGCCCCCGGCAUCGCUGCUGCUGUCCAGCCUGCACCAGUACUUGUGGGUGGUAUCCACCCAGGCCUCGCAGCCUACGGUCCAGCCAACAUCGUCGUCGGGCCUGGCGGCUACAACCUGGACACCCCUGAUGUGGCCGCAGCCAGGGGCGCCCACCUGACUGCUGUCGCGCAGACGAGGGCCCGCGACGCCGCCAUCAACGGCGCCGCCCUCGCCGCCGCCUCUGCCGCCGCCUACGGUGCCUACGCCGCCCCCGCUGUCGUCGCAGCUCCUGCAGUGGCUGCUGUGGCGCCGGCUGCCUACGCUGCCCCUUCGGCUGCCUUGUUGGCUGCCAAGGCUGCCUAUCACGGUUGAUGUGACCGCACUGAGUGACGGUUCACACCGUUGAGACAGCUACCCUCACUGAGUAUGAUACCUCAGCCCCAAAAGCACAUGCCAGAAUAUAAUAUGAAUAUAUAUUUAUCCAUAUUAUGUAAAUAAAUUAUUUUUACUGC